AUGAAGACUAGAAACUACAUUCCUCUAGGAAGACUUAUCUCGUAUGUUAUGAUCGAGAAUGGAUUGGUGGAUCAUCUGAUCCAUCACAAUCUGAUGGAAGAUGUCACUGUUGACACUAGAAGACCUCUGAAUGCUCGAAACCUGAAGAGUAUGGGGAUAAUUGAGAAGGUCAAAGCUAAACCAACUCUAGACACUUCCUGGGAAGCACUGAAGGACCAAAGGAAGAUCCCCAACAGUCUCUAUUUGUUUUCCAAGAUUGACCCUCCAAAAGUGGUAGCUCACUAUCUGCAAGAUCUUGCAAACCAAGGGAUGGACAUUUCUGAGUUCUCAGUGGACUGGCUACCCGAGCAUCCACCAAACUUCAUGAAGAGGAUGCGAGAGCCCUCUGAGAAGUCCAAGAAGGAAAAUAAGGCAAAGUUGGGAGAAACCUCCGGGUCAAGACCUCCAGUCCCUCUGGCUAAUUCUCCAAGUAAGUCUAUGUCUCAUUCUCACUCUGUUAAAUUAAAGUUUAUUGCUUCUUCUCUCCCCCAAAACACUCCCAUUUACACCCCAUCAGAAACACCUCCCUCAACCACUAGAACUUCUAACCCACCAUCCCUCAAAUUCAAUCUCGCAACCACUACCCUACCCGUUUCUGAAGCAGAAAUGUUGAACGAAACCACCUCAUCAUCAUCAUCCUCACCUUCAUGCCCACCAUACUAUAUUCUCUCAUCAGACAAAGAACCAUCUGACCCCAAAUCCCCCACUCUAGCCCAACUUCAGGCACGUGCUCUGGCCUCACAGCAGCCAUCACAACCCGAACCUGAACCUAAAGUCACCUUUCCACCCCCUGAACAACAAAAUCCACCUCCAUCUGAUCAAGCUCAAACACCAACCCCUGAACAACAAACUAAUCCACCUCCUGAACAACCAGUACCCUCACCAUCUGAACAUCAACCAAAUAUACAACCUGAACAAACAACACCACCUCCCUCUGAUAUUCCCCCGCCACCAACCUCUGAUGCCAUCAUCACUCCUACUCACGAUCCCGCUGACACCAAUCCAACUCCACCAUCCUCCCCAGCCUCUAACUCUGAACCAGAAACUUCCUUCCCCACAUUAGAAGAAGCAAUAACUUUGUUUGCAGAGUCUUCAGUGGAGAAGAUCAAAGAUGCUGGAAUAAGGCUACAGGCUCGUUUGGCCAGAGAGGAUGAGGAAAAGGCCAGGAAGGAAGCAGAAGAGAAAGCUCGCCUAGAAGAAGAGCAAAGGAUCAGAGAAGCUGAAGAAAAGGCUAAUGCUGAAGCUGUUGUUGCUGAAGAAGUAGCACGCAUUGCUGCAGAGGAAGUUGCCAAGGCCAGUGCUGAUGCUUUGACUCGGGGGGAGCAAUCUAACUCUGGUUUUUCCCCUCUGGUCUUAAAGACUCUGGAGGAACUACAAAAGGAACAACAAGUGGUACGAGCAAGGUUGGAUCAUCAGGAUUCCGUCAACACCAACAUUCAGAAUCUGCUGACUUAG